GAAAAUUGUUACAGAAUGUGAAUUGUGCUAUAUUUAUAUAUAUAUAUUUUAUUAACAUUUUGUAGAGCCCAUUAUUUUAUUUCUUAAUGUUCACGGUAAAAUUCCUUAGUUUGGGUAAUAUUUCACUCAAUACAUACUCGCAAUCUUUGCGUAACGUAUAUUAAAAGUGUAAAGUGAUAUAUUAGAUUGUCUGAUGUGUUUUGUGAAACAUAGAAAUGAAAAAUGAAUGAUAGCUCAGAUACUAUUCAUUGGUCUGAGCCCCAUUGCUCAAAGGAUGCUUUAACUGAUACAUAUGGAUGGUUUCUGCAAUUUCUACUUGCUGUAUUAGCGUUUACGUGCCUAAUAGGUAAAAGAUUUUGUGAGCCAAAAUAUGCAAGAAGACCGUGGCUUAUUUGGUUUUAUGACACAUCAAAACAAGGUCUAGGUGCAUUAAUAAUACAUGCUGCUAAUGUUUGGUUGUCACCAUAUCAGACAGGAAACCCUUGCACUUGGUAUAUAGUAAAUUUUAUGUUAGAUUCAACCCUUGGACUGUUAAUAAUAUGGGCUGGGAUAAGACUUGCCCAAUACUAUGCCAGAGUUUAUGAUAUUCCACUUAUAAAUUUUGGUGAAUAUGGUAAACCACCAAUGUGUUCUGCAUGGUUAUGCCAGUGUGUAUUAUAUGCUGCACUGGCGACUUUUGCUAAGUCAAUGCUAGCAUUAGUUCUGCAGCUGCCACUGGUUCAGGCUGUUUUAUCUACUCUACGGCUAUCUCCUGUAUCUGACCCAAGACUGGAAUUGGCUGUUGUUAUGCUCAUUAUACCAUUUUUUGUUAAUAUUUUAAUAUUUUGGGUGACAGACAAUUUCCUCAUGUACCAUCCCCGAGGAGUUAGCUCCAAGUUAAAGACGAAGGUGCGGUACCAGUCGAUAAAGAAAGAGAAGACCUGUUCCGAUGAAGAAGAACACUCAGCAGACGAGAGACUCCUCGGCGCCAGUGUAUGACCAAACACCAAGCCCAGAUUGUUAAGGGCCUAAGUAGAUAAGUCUUAAUCUGUUUUAAAGAAAGAAACCAUAUUUGACAAUUACUGUCACAAAUACUGAAGAGUCAUAAGGAGUCCAAAAUUUAUUUUUCGCUUCUAGGUGAUAUUCUCUGAUAUCUGAAUUGCGCUCUUGAUCAAGAUUGUGUAUAUUUACUAUUAAAAUUUUAGCGAGAGCUUAAUAUGUAAAUGCAAAGAUUUAGAAAUUAUUGUUCCUUUGAAAUAUUCCGUUUUCAUUCUUGUUAUAAACUUGAUAUAUAGAAACAGCGACUUUAAAGACGAUUAUUUAUUUUUUGCUAGGAACCAUAGAGCUAGCUAGCCAGCCUUUAGUCUGUGGCAAAGGCAACACUCUGCAUAACUAUUUUUGUGAUUAUCGUCAUAUAUCGCAAAUUGUACAUUUUUACACGAUGUUUAAUGCUUUUAUGCAUAUAAAUAUUCUUAGCAAUCUGACUUAAUUGGAUAUAGCAUCAUUAAUGAAAUCAUAUUUUAUGAUCCUUUACUUUGAUUCAUAAAAUUCCAAUUAUAGUUACGGUGUCAUGCGCGCCAUAAAAGAAAAGACCUACCUAACACAGGGUGUGUGUAGCCGAAAUGUAGAGGUAACUCGGCUUCAAACCCUCGAAGUUCAGUCUUUGGCUAAAAUGGUCUGGAACUCAACUACGACGUUAGUUAAGCCACGUGAUGUAUACUCGAUACAUCUAUCGAUACUUAUCUAUCAUGACGCAUGUUAUACAUUAAUUAAUAGUUACCCCCCUUACCGAUAAAACUGUAACUCUGUGGCUGGCUCAAAACAAUUUAUUUUUGUAAAUAAAAUCGAAUCGUGGCAUUUUUAAAUAACGAACACAAUUUUCUCAACUGGCCACAUUCUCCAUAAAAAUAAUAAAAUACACUCGUUUUAAAUCACGUACUUAAAAAAAGUUAUCUUAAGUUACACAUCCCACAUAUUAAUCCCCAUAAACAACCACCUCUUUGUCUCUCAAUUUAUUAAACAAGGGUCUGAAGUUGUAGUUUUAACGUUUGUUUAAACCGUUGUCGACGCUGACUUCGGUUUUCAAUAAAAAUACGGUUUAAUAUUCUUAAAGUUGACAUUUUAUAGUUGUGUAGGUAAGGGGUUUAACGAAGAGUAGUUACAGCCGGUUAAUCAUUGUAUCAGGUAUAACAUUGUAAAUGUUAAAUGCUUUAACACACGCGUCCCACUAUUUAUUAGAAUAUUAGCGAACUAUUUUCAUCGAUAUUCUAUCAAAUUAGAUUUUAUAAAUAUACAGUAAUGCUUAAAUAAAUAAAAAUAUUUUUUAUAUUUUCCGAUUUUUGAAAAACUUUCCUAAUAUAAUAAUAUAAGUACUUUAUAGCCCUGUAGUGCCAUUUUUAUUGAUGACAUAAUUAUAACAUCGAAUAAAGACUGAGAAAGUCGAUAAAUAAAAUUAUUCCUAGAAAACGGUCAUAAGUUAUAGCUUACUGAAAAACAUUCCAAGUUUGAAAUUUCCGUUGUUACAUAUUUGAUUUGGUUUUUUUUUAAUUUUUAACGUUUCAAAUCUAUUUAUGCAAACAAUUUAAAAAUAGAAUUCUGAUUUUAGUCUCUUAAAGAAUAAAUCGGUCGGAAUAUCAUCUGUAACUACGAUCGAUUUUAGUAUCUUGAUUUAUUUUGUAUAAUAAAUAAACAUGAUAUUAUGUUGACUAUAAAAUUCGUUAAGUUUGUCAAAGUUUUUAAUCCGAUCCGUCGGAAUUUGUCAUUUUAAAGAAUAUAAAAAGUAAGUUUUAUAAUAUGUAUAAUCAUUGCUAUAAACAUAAUAUUACCUAUAUAAAAUUUAUCAAUAUAUUUUUUUUUGUAAUACGUUGCAAAUACUGUAAAGCAAUUUAGCUUUAUUAUAUAGAGUAGCGCAUGUGUGACUUCCAUGUGUCAAAUCCAAUAAGUUUUUGACAUACAGGAGUCACAUGUGCCAAAUCUCAAUUUUAAGACACAUACAGAACGUGAUUGCAUAAUAUAUUUCUACUCAGAUAGAUUGGAUUAAUUAUUUUAUUUUUGGACAUAUACUUCAUGUGUACAAAAUAUGUAUAUGUAUAUUUAACUUCAGUGAACACAUUCUGUAUACAAACUAUAGAGUACAGUUUUCUUUUGAGUGACUAGGUUUUUUGACCAGUACUUAUUUGAAUAACAUACCAACGUGCCAAAUUAUAGAUUGUAAAUGUUUGUAAUUAUUGCAAUGUUAUGUAUGGAGUUAAUUUUGCAGUGCACAUUUAGUAAUAGAGUGGCAUAAUUAUAUAACUUUACUCAUUUUAAUUACAAACAAUAUAUCUUUUACGUUCAUUACAACACAAAUCCCCGUGACAAAUUGUAACAUGUCGUUAAUAAAUUUCGGUUAAAUUGUGACUAACAAAUUAUCAAACACAAUUCAAAAUACAUACUAAAUAUGACAUUUAGAUUUGUAUGACUAGUGGUAAUAGAGAAACAUUGACGUUUGAAUCUUGUUUUGACGUUGGGAUAGUUGUAUGGGGGCACAAGGGGCUCGACACAAAAAAUUGUAAGGAAAUUGUCUAAGGCGCUUGGCGCUUACUUUUGACGUCCCAUAGAUAUUAUAUUUUGUAACCGAUAUUAUGUUUGUCGAAAGUUUUGUCCCAUAUAUUAAGCCCCAAACACCUAUGUAAUGUAUGUCGUCAAUUUGUGCAGUUAUAUAAAAUUUCUUUAACGGCUGUAUGUAAAUUUGUUACAUAACUUGACUAUAUGAGUGGUUUACAGAAGACAUGGUCAGCGAAGGGUUGCUGUAAAUUUUAGUUGAUAAUUAAGUUCAUCAUAUUACAGCAUUUGUUCUUACGGCCUAUGAGCCAAAACAUGUUUAUAAACACAAUUCUUGGGUAUUUACAUAAACGAUUUUAUAAGGAGUUCAGAUCCUAAUGUGGCGUGUGGCAACAAUAUACUAAGGUUUAAUUAAUAAUGUUUGUAAUUAUUUAGGCUAAGUGCGCACUGGUUACUUUUAUCACCGAUACAAUAAAGUUUGUGUCGUUGUCGGUCGAUAAAAAAAAAUCAAAAAGAAUACUAGGUACACCCUCUUUGGAGACACAGGCUACUAUUUCUCGGAUAUUCACUUUUGGUGUAGAGCAUGACGCCAUUUUGCGUGCAUCAAAGUCUAGAAUCGGAAGGCAAAUGCGAACGAACGACGCUGAGAGUGACAAUUUUGUCACGCGCCCUGCUAUUAAAACCGAACGGUGCGGUGGGCGUUUCGCCAUGGGCUUAUUCACCGUUCGCCGUACAUAAAUAUCACCCAGUUGUCACGUCGUAACAUGCGCGCAUCUCCAUACAUAUCUAAAGACUUGUUAAGAGUGAGGAAACUGUCACGGUGACAAAUGUCACCCGUGCGCGCUUGCCCUUAUAUUACGAAAAAGAAGCUUCAACGAAGUCUUAAUAUUUGUAUAUUUUUUUAGUGAUCUGAGUCAUUUUGAAUUUAUUGUUAACGCAUAUGUAAUUUAAACAUGUGAUGUAAAUAAUAUUUUAAGGGAAUUGUGAAUACAUUUACAUAUGAGUGUAUUAUAUCAUACAUAUAUAAGUAUUUAUGUCAUAUAUUGAAACAUGCGUGUGCAGUUGUUUAUUGUUUAUGCGAAUAAAUUCACGUCAUGUGUUCA